AUGGCUCGCCGACUCGUCCGCACGGGCAUACAGCUCAGUUUAUUCACUGCAUUCAUUCUACUCAUCGUCCUAUUCCUCGACAAUCGAUUCAGCGUCCUUCCAACUUCCAUCCAUGGCCACCUCCCGAUGCACUAUUCUGGCUACGUAAUCACAGAUGUAACAGUCACAACAUGCUCAUCACUCAAUCCUUUUACCAGUUGCCAUAUGGACUCGGACAUAUGGCAUCGAGUCGAAAAAGACCUAUACUUGCGCUCAGGCUGGACCUCAGCCGCCUUUGUCCAAUUCCAAAGAAAGAAAGAGGAGGAACUGGGUCCAGAUGAUAAGGUUGUCAUUGACCUAAAGAUUGGUCGUCUCACACCCCCGACCGAAUAUUCAGGCAAGGGAGAGCCGGAGAUCUGGGAGCCACGCCCUGGUGGAAUUUGGCUGAAACGGACGGCGUCUCGUCAUGCAAGCGACUCAGGGCAGGCAGUGACCUACGUCGACGUACUCUUCGGCGCUGACGCUGUGGACCCCCGACCAAAUUGGGAAAUCAAAGAUACACCUUUACUAUUGGAUGGUUGGACUGAGAAGCUGGAGACUCGCCUCAGUAUUCGACGGGGAAACCCGACCAAAAGCAAAAAGCCCGUUCCUAGAAUCAACGAGAAUGGAAAGUUCAAGGUGAUGCAGCUGGCGGAUAUUCACCUGAGUACAGGUACCGGUCACUGUCGAGACCCUAUCCCCGCAGAGGCUGUAGCAGGACAAAGGUGCGAGGCCGAUCCACGAACCUUGGAGUUCAUCGAACGACUGCUUGAUGAAGAGAAGCCAGAUAUGGUUGUUUUCUCAGGUGAUCAGGUGAACGGCGAGACAGCCCCGGAUGCGCAAAGUGCUCUGUUUAAAUCUGUGAAACUCAUCACCGAUCGCAAAAUUCCCUACGCUGCCAUCUUUGGAAACCAUGACGACGAGGGCGACCUCAACCGCGAACAACUCAUGGCUAUAUAUGAAGAUCUCCCCUACUCUCUUUCAACAGCAGGGCCCGAAGACAUUGAUGGGGUCGGCAAUUACAUCGUCGAGGUUCUCGACCGCGGCAAGAGCACACACUCUGCCCUAACAUUCUACCUUCUCGACACUCAUUCUUACUCCCCCGAUGAACGUCAGUUCCGGGGUUACGAUUGGAUCAAACCAAGUCAAAUUCGCUGGUUCAAAAACACGGCCCAGAGCCUGCGACGAAAACAUCAAGAAUACACUCACAUCCACAUGAAUAUGGCAUUCAUUCAUAUUCCGCUACCUGAAUACCGGACCAGCGGAAAGUACUGGCAUGGCGCGUGGGAUGAAAACCCUACCGCACCAGGAUUUAACUCUGGCUUCAAAUCUGCUCUCGAAGAGGAGGGUGUUCUCUUCGUCAGUUGUGGACAUGACCAUGUCAACGACUAUUGCAUGCUCGAGCAAGAUGCGAAUGAGCAACCGUCUCUCUGGAUGUGCUACGGUGGUGGCGGCGGUUUUGGCGGAUACGGUGGCUACAACGACUACGUCCGUCGAGUACGAUUCUUCGACUUCGACAUGAACACCGGCCGCGUCAUGACCUAUAAACGUCUGGAAUGGGGCCAGACCGAUGAUAAGAUCGAUGAGAUGAUGAUUGUCGAUGGUGGCGCUGUAAAAGGCCCUAACGCAGCAUCACAAUGA